AUGGACACGAGAAACUCGGGGGCUCAAGCAUUACAGAUGGGUGGAGUGGGGCUUCCUAUUUAUGCCUUCAAGGAUAAAUGGACAACGGAGCUACUCAAAAUCAAUGUUAUCCCAAAUGAUAGAACAAAUGCUGCCAUUGGGCACUUGUUCUUGGAUUUUGUAGCCGAAAAAGGCGGAAUAGGAUUGCAGAUUACUGUCGACAAGGGCUCAGAGAUCGGUUGGAUGUUGGCUAUCCAAGAUUCUUUACGGCAUCUUUUUAACUGGACCUUCCCGCCCCUUAUCCAGGCUGAGCUCGACGAAUUUCAGCAGUACUGGAACAGCCACACUGUCCGAUUCCAAAAGGAGAAGCUAAUGCCAUCCGGCCAUGUCCCCUCUGACGCUCGUGAACACCCCGAAGCUUACGGCGGAAUUGAUUGCUUCAUUCAAGUGCCGAGAGCGACGGUCAAUGAGCUUCGUGAGACACUGUCGGAAGAAGUGGGCCCAAGAGAGCAGCAUCUUGAGUGGGUAAGCCCAUCGUUUGAUGUGUUUGCAACUCUGGUCUACAAUUCCAUUGGCAAGCCCUUGUUAACGUUGGAGAACAGCUGGAAAGUCUUCUCGGACAUGGCAUCAAAGAUGGAAGCGCUGGGACACGAGCAUUGGCCAGAGAACUUGAAGGAGUAG